GGAGCUGGAGCUGCUGGAGGAAAGAGUGUGUGGAGGAAAUAAAGACAGAGAGAGAGAGGGAGAUGUUAGCCUAGGCUCGUUUCUUCCAGAUUAAUCUAAGUACACGGACUCUCCUACACAUUAACCCGCCUCUAAGACCCCAGGAGCGGACUGGUUAUCCCCUGCAGGAGCGCUGGAGCUGCGGAGCGCCCACCACCAUGUUUAAAAGGAGCAAGAAUAAAGUUCUGGUGGAUGAAGCUUCAGAGGAGGACGAGCUGAGCUGGCAGCAGCAACAACAGCAGCACGGAGAGAAGGAUAAAGAAUCGGAGGGAACAGAGGAAGUGCUGAGCCCCUCAACAAAGGACUCCAAGAUUAAGAAGGUCAGAUCAAAGAGAGAGAGAGGAGACAAGAAGCUGUUUCCCUCGCAGGACGACGAGCACUUCCUGCUGACCGGAGUCACUCUGUCACACCGGAGAGGGUCAGCUAAGAAGAUCCUGGAGGAGGAGAAGAGUAAGCCGCACUCGGAGAAGGACCGCGUCCACUGCCUGUGGGACAGCAUCACCAUGACGAUGAGACAGAUCACGCCCAACCGCAAGCUGGACAAGAUGGAGGGCUGGGAGCCACCCCAGCUGAGCGGAGAGGAGGGUCCGGGGGAGGGGCGGAGCGAGGGAGAGGGGAAAAAGAGUGACUCUUCUACUCUUACCUCUCCGUUGUCUCUCUCGCUGCCCGGGUCGCUGAGCUUACCCUCGUGGGCGGGGCUGGGCGGGGCAGAGGAAGACUCUUCUCGCUAUUCCAGUCUGACCGAGCCUCAGGCGGGACGUCCCGUUCAGUGGGCGGCUCGGGCGCGGGACAAGCUGGCCGCCGUCCGCCGCCGCAGCCCUGGGGGUCUGUCUGAGAGCUCGUGGGAGGGGCUUAAAUGACACGUCCGGCCUGUUUUGAGACCCAGCUUUGAUGAAGUUCAUGGGAUUGAAACUUUUGUUUGAUUCGCACUCAGGCUAGUGCUUGCAAGUGAAGUAAAGUGAAUUGAACAAGGAAAGGGAGCGAGUGAAGAGAAUCGGGAUGCGCCCCUUUUUUUUUAUUUU